UUGAUGUCUCAGAUCCUGGGAGCUGAGCUGACUUCCCUGCACCUUGGCCCACGGCAGUGACAUGAAGGCACCGCAGGCUGGAGGCACAUGCGGACAGAGACACCAGCCACGCUGGCAUCUGUAACCUGCAGGCUCUUCCAAGGUGGACGAGAGGUGACCCCACCUGCCCACUGUUGCAGAAAAACAAGUGGAUUAGCCUCAGGAGUUGCUGGAAAGGGGCAAGAAGAAUGAAUGCAGAGCUCUCGACCCCACUGAUGUAAAGUGCUGAGAAGACCCACAGAUCCCAGCAUCAAGAAUUCAGGUCAGGUCCUCGGCACAUGGACCUCAGGGUCAUCUGCUAGCCAGCAAGAUGGAGACCACACCCCUAACUUCCCAGAAGGAGCUGUCAGCGUGUAAGGAUGGAGAAGAUUGUCAGGAAAACGGAGUUCUGCAGAAAAGUGUCUCUGCCCCUGGGGAUAAGGUGGAGUCCGGCCAAAUCUCCAACGGGUACUCAGCAGUUCCGAGCCCAGGUGCAGGAGACGACACUCAGCACUCCAUCCCAGCUGCCACCACCACCCUAGUGGCUGAGGGUCAUCCAGGGGAACGGGAGACCUGGGGCAAGAAGAUGGAUUUCCUCCUCUCAGUCAUUGGCUACGCCGUGGACCUGGGCAACGUCUGGCGGUUUCCCUACAUCUGUUACCAGAAUGGAGGGGGGGCGUUCCUCCUCCCCUACACUAUCAUGGCCAUCUUCGGAGGGAUCCCACUCUUCUACAUGGAGCUCGCGCUGGGUCAGUACCACCGCAAUGGAUGCAUUUCGAUAUGGAGGAAAAUCUGCCCAAUUUUCAAAGGGAUCGGUUACGCCAUCUGCAUCAUUGCCUUUUACAUCGCCUCCUACUACAACACCAUCAUGGCCUGGGCGCUCUACUACCUCAUCUCCUCUUUCACGGACCAGUUGCCCUGGACCAGCUGCGAGAACUCCUGGAACACUGGCAACUGUACCAACUACUUCUCCGAGGACAACAUCACCUGGACACUCCACUCAACGUCCCCGGCAGAAGAAUUUUACACGCGCCAUGUCCUACAGAUCCACCGGUCUAAGGGACUGCAGGACCUGGGGGGCAUAAGCUGGCAGCUUGCCCUCUGCAUCAUGCUGAUCUUCACUAUUAUCUACUUUAGCAUCUGGAAAGGCGUCAAAACGUCUGGCAAGGUGGUUUGGGUGACAGCUACCUUCCCUUACAUCAUCCUUUCCAUCCUGCUGGUGAGGGGGGCCACCCUCCCCGGAGCCUGGAGGGGAGUUCUCUUCUACUUGAAACCCAACUGGCAGAAGCUCCUGGAGACAGGGGUGUGGGUGGAUGCGGCCGCUCAGAUCUUCUUCUCUCUCGGUCCUGGUUUUGGGGUCCUACUGGCUUUUGCUAGCUACAACAAAUUCAACAACAACUGUUACCAAGAUGCCCUGGUGACCAGUGCGGUGAACUGCCUGACGAGCUUCGUUUCCGGAUUUGUCAUCUUCACAGUGCUUGGGUAUAUGGCUGAGAUGAGGAAUGAAGAUGUGUCCGAGGUGGCCAAAGAUGCAGGCCCCAGCCUCCUCUUCAUCACAUAUGCAGAAGCCAUAGCCAACAUGCCGGCAUCCACGUUCUUUGCCAUCAUCUUCUUCCUGAUGUUAAUCACACUGGGCUUGGACAGCACGUUUGCAGGCUUGGAGGGAGUGAUCACGGCCGUGCUGGAUGAGUUUCCACAACUGUGGUCCAAGCGCCGGGAGUGGUUUGUGCUUGGCGUGGUCAUUACCUGCUUCUUUGGAUCCCUGAUCACCCUGACUUUUGGAGGGGCCUAUGUGGUGAAGCUGCUGGAGGAGUUUGCCACGGGACCCGCAGUGCUCACCGUUGCCCUGAUAGAAGCAGUUGCUGUGUAUUGGUUCUACGGCAUCACUCAGUUCUGCAGUGAUGUGAAGGAAAUGCUCGGCUUCAGCCCCGGAUGGUUUUGGAGGAUCUGCUGGGUAGCUGUCAGCCCUCUGUUUCUCCUGUUCAUCAUUUGCAGUUUUUUGCUGAGCCCACCACAGCUACGACUUUUCCAAUAUAACUAUCCUCAAUGGAGUAUCAUCCUGGGUUACUGCAUAGGAACCUCAUCUUUCAUCUGUAUCCCUACAUACAUAACUUACCGGCUGAUCAUUACCCCAGGGACACUUAAGGAGCGUAUUAUUAAGGGUAUCACGCCAGAAACACCUACAGAAAUUCCCUGUGGAGACAUCCGCUUGAAUGCUGUGUAAAAUGUCUCUGAGAGGAAAAUGGCUUCCCAACAACCUCUUCUUUCAGUUCUGACAAGUCACACCUCGCCUGCACCCUCUAAGUGAAUGAGUCUCCGCCUAAGCCUGCCGAUGGAAGGGCCUUCUUCAUAGAGAGACAGCCCCAAAAGACUAUGGUGCCCAGACUCUCAUGGCCUCCAGCCACUUCCUUCUGUGAAAUCUCCUGGACGUGUUACCACAUCAGACUCUGUGACACAGCUGAAGUGGCUGUUCUGGAUGUGUGAGGGUGUGGAUGGAGAUGAUGAAAAUCACCGUAUCAUCAGUUAGGAUUAGGUUUAAGAUCAAGUCUAUGAAAGUCUCCUGUAUCAUUUCUUGUUAUAGUCAUCGGUAUCUGAUGACAUGUGUUUGCUUCAGAAGGUUUCACUGUUCAUGAAUGCGUAAACCAUACAGGAGAAAACAGGGAUGCCAUCUUGCUAGCUAUAUAUUUUCUGAGUAGCGUAGAAUUCUAUAGCUGGAAUCUGCUAGAAUCCUGUAACCCAUGUGCUGCUGUGGAGUCAGGAGAAGACUAUGUACGAAGCUAAGCUCAAAAAUAACAUGUACGUGUGAGCAUGUGUGUCUGUGUAUACUGUUGUUCUAGUGUAUCUUUAUUCUAAUACGUUGGGCCCAUUACAAACUAUAUGAAUUUCCUCUAGUUUUUCUUACAUUAACAAAUUCUACCUACCGAAGUUUGUAAGUAUGUUAUUAUUUGAAGGGUAUUAUUACCACAACGUGCUCUGCCACACACUCCUUUUCCAGUGACACUGCUAAGCCCACACACCUGCCUUCAUGGGCCGGCCAUUAGUAUUUGCUGCACUUCCCUGCCAUCUUCCUGUCUCUCUCUGCUAAACAUCCAGGAUAAUGUUCUGCAGGCAAAUCUGGCUUAUUUCAUUAGUCACUGAGGCUUGGCUGUGAACUACUUUGAAGAUGAAUAUUGGCAAAUGCAGCUUCAGUGUUCAGUUGGCUGUCUGGUUUAAGCUCUGUAGACUUCAAAUGACUGCGUUUGACCAUUAAAGUUACUUUGCUUUGUGAAGAGAGGAUAAAUCCAAGUCUCUCUUAUAGGGUAUAUAGAUCUGAUACCCUGACCAAGGUCAUCCUCAAUCCAGAAGUAAUUAGAGAGUCUGGAUUAGCCUUAAAUGGACCUCCCACAACCCCUUGACUCUUCCUGGUUGGCUACUGGGAUUUUGAGCCCUCCAGAUAAUUUUAAAGAUUGAGUCUAAGUAAGGCUGAUUGGAAAAGGGUCAGUUAAAUGAACAACCUUUCAUGCCACAUAAAACGUUUAAUACAGAUCAAGUAAAUUUGACCUUCAGUGGCUUGGGACUCUCAGACACAUAGGCAGAGAAGCAAAUUGUACCUUGCUGUGUGAGAUUUCCUUAGCACAAUCUUAAAGGUUAUAAAGCCUAGUCAAUGAUAAAAGGACUCAAUUUUCUGGCCCCAUAACACUUUAUUCCUCUAUGUAAAUCAAAUUUAAUCCUAACAGCCUUACAGAAGAUCCAUAUAGCAGAGGCUUAGUUUUAUCCAAUGUAGAUCUUCCUCCCUUGGCUUCCUUUCCCCAACAAUGCUCCCCGGCCAUCUUCUUGUAUUCUCCCUACAUCCUUCUAUGUCUGAUUCUUUGCCUUUCCUGGUGGGAUAUUUUCCUCAUAGAUGUUAGCUGCUGAGAAAUUUCCCAAAAUAUUAGAGGAAAAGAGGACGGGAAUUCAAAUAUGUCUCUUACUGACCUACCUUCAUUAUCUUCGUGCUUUCUUUCCUUCUGGCUACCUGAUUUCCAUUCUCUUUGCUUUCUAGCAUGCUGAAAGGAGAGAGGUUAUAUAAAUGGCAGCAUAUUCAGUGGUAAAUAGCUUUGCAAAUUUUAAGAAUUCACUUUAUAAAGAUAUUCAGAUAUAGAUUAUCCCCAUCCCCCACACACUUGUGCAUUCUCCAAAGAUACCGUUUUUAAAAAACACUUUUCCAGAGUUUUGCCACAUCAGGUGUUAUAUAGGUGUUUUGAAAAGUUUUCAAAUGUCACUUGACUUAAAAAAAAAAAAAA